AUGUAGACAGAUAGUCAAGCAAUAGAUUUAAACCGAAAAAUAUUGAAAUCAAGUUUAACAAGGUAAUUUACAAGAUCCCCAACAAGAUCAAGAAAAAGAAUAAUUUCUUUACCACCAUUAGAGGCAGCAUAAAAUCAAUAUUAGAAAUUAAAGUAACGUGUUAUAACUUACCACAAAGAGAGUCCAAGAGAAGUAUUUAGUUUAAUUAUCAAUGUUGUAAGGUUUGAUAUGUUUAACGAUUCGGGAGUUAAAUGGAUUGUGUUUGAAUACUUGUAGAUAUACAAAAGCUAAAGAAGAGAAAAAAUAUUUUCUAAAUAACAAAUAUUUCGAUUCUUGUUUUAAUGCUAUGAACAAAAGAAAAUUCUAAUUAUUUAAUAAAUGA